AUGCAUCUGGAGCCAAUGGUGGAGGAGGGACUCAGAAAGAGCCCCAUGGAUUUGAUCUCAAAAACAAUUGUGAAGAUGGGAUUCAAUUGCGUACGGUUCACUUGGCCAACUUUCUUGGUCACCAACGACUCUCUAGCCUCUUUAACUGUGAGACAGUCCUUUCAAAAACUGCGUCUGCUUGUAUCCAUUGCUGGCAUCCAAUCCAAUAAUCCAUCUAUCAUUGAUCUUCCUCUCAUAAAAGCUUAUCAGAAAGGACAGCGAGUGAAGCUCGCGUGUGUCAAUUGGGUGGCACAUAUGGAGCCAAUGGUGGCGGAGGGACUUAGUAAGCGGCCCAUGGAUUUGAUCUCAAAAACAAUUGUGUCGCUGGGAUUCAAUUGUGUACGGUUAACUUGGCCAACUUUCUUGGUCACCGACGACUCUCUAGCCUCUCUAACUGUGAGACAGUCUUUUCAAAAACUCGGUAUGUUUGAAUCUAUUGCUGGCAUCCAAGCCAAUAAUCCAUCUAUCAUUGAUCUUCCUCUGAUAAAAGCUUUUCAGACAUUGGUAUUGAAUCUUGGAGAUAACAAGUUGAUGGUGAUUCUGGACAACCAUAUAAGCAAGCCGGGUUGGUGUUGUAGUAACACGGACGGCAAUGGUUUCUUUGGAGAUCAGUACUUUAACCCCGAUGUGUGGAUAAUUGGCUUAACUCGAAUCGCCACAAUGUUUAAUGAUGUUUCCACCGUUGUUGGUAUGAGUCUCAGAAAUGAACUUAGAGGUCUCAGACAGAACGUAAAUGAUUGGUACAGGUACAUGAUAGUUGGAGCAGAGUCAGUGCAUAAAGUAAAUCCAAAUGCUCUUGUCAUACUUUCUGGUCUAAAUUAUGAUACAGACUUAUCCUUUGUUCGAGAUCAAGCACUAAACUUGACAUUCACUAAAAAAUUAGUAUUUGAGUGGCAUUGGUAUGGAUUCUCGGAUGGUAGUGCAUGGGAAAAUGGCAACCCAAAUCAAGUGUGUGGCAGAGUAAUGAGUAAUAUGAAGAGCACAUCAGAAUUCUUAUUAGACCAAGGUUGGCCAUUAUUUGUGAGUGAAUUCGGGGCAGAUCUAAGAGGAACAAACGUGAAUGACAACAGGUAUUUGAAUUGUUUCCUGGGUGUGGCAGCUUAUCUUGAUCUAGAUUGGGCAUUAUGGACACUCGUUGGAAGUUAUUAUUUAAGAGAAGGGGCACCUGGAGAAAAUGAAUAUUUUGGGUUGCUUGAUUGGAAUUGGCAUGAUAUUAGGAAUUCAAACUUCUUGCAGAAAAUAUCCGCCAUCCAAAUUCCUUUUCAAGGACCAGGAUUAUCUGAAAAGAAUAAACAUAAAAUAAUUUUUCAUCCAUCAACAGGACUUUGUAUCUUAAGAAAAUCACUGUUCGGUCCACUAAUAUUGGGUCCGUGUACUAAAUCUGAGGGUUGGAGCUAUACAUCUCAGCAAAUUAUCUCUCUUAUGGAAACACUUUUCUGUUUAAGAGCUGACAAAUUAGAAAAACCUGUAGAAUUAAGUAUUGUUUGUAUAGAUUCUAAGUCAAAAUGGGAACUCAUAUCAGAUUCCAAGAUGCAUUUUGCUUCGAAACUAAGCAAUGAAACAUCGAUUUGCUUGGAUGUGGACUCAACCAACACUAUUGUCACAAAUAACUGUAAGUGCUUGACUAGUGAUAACAAGUGUGAUCCUGCAAGUCAAUGGUUUAAACUUGUUGAUAGCACUAGAAGUUUUUCUCCACUUUUGUUAUGA